AUGGCAAUUCAGGCCAAGAAGUCCAAGCUCAUCAUCACAUUGGUUAUUAUGGUGGAGUCAAUCCUGUUAAUAACGUGGCUAAUUAAAGGUCGGUUAACUGUGAUAUGCGUACUGUAUAAGGACAAAUUCUUUAUAACAAUUACAAUCGUUUAGAAUAUUACGAGUUCGAUUAUACGUGUUUCUUAUCUCAGAUACAGACCCGGGAUAGCUUUGGUGUGUCAACGAUAAUCGUUGAUGACGUUCCGCGGUAAUGAAAUAUAAUAGUAAUCAGAAAUUUUCUAUAGUUUUAGUCCCAGAAUGAACAGAAGAGAAAUCUUCAAGUACCCAAAUAUGGAGAUUGAUGUGAAAAUGGAGACUUUGUUAGGAAUCGAUAACGUUAUCGAGAUCAAAACCAAAACUACAAGAAACAAAUAUACCCUAAACCAAAGAAAACGGCGCAAGAAAAGACCUGGCAGCAGAGGACUACCAGCAACUACCGCGUCAAUAAAACCUUUGACAAUCCUGGGCUAUGAAAGGGAAGAAACAAAUAUUGAAUCGACUACAGAACCCGCUGCGAUAGUAACUUUGAAUAAUUGUAGCGAUUGCAAUGUAGGCAACUCCCAAUGAAGCAAUACUUUUCAGACGAAUUACACAAUGUCUACGUCAGACAUGUCUCCAAUCUCGUUACCCAAAGAUAAAAAGGAUUCGUUCCCAAUACAAUUAGAAUAUUUUGCUCAGAACAUGAUUUGUUUUGGAAGGACUUUGCUCGAUUCCUGGUCAUUACUCCAAAUUUUAUCGACCAGUUUAAUGUUAUUUGGAAUCUGGAGAAACAUUUUAUACCUGCUGACACCAUUUCUUGUCCUGAAGGUGCUAUUCCUGGUAGUUAGUUUUAUUUAUGGGUAAGAACGCAUAAUAAUGACUUAUUAUUUAGGGUUACCUUGACAAUAUUCUCGUUGAUUCUUUUUGUGUUGAUCAAAGAAAUGAAAUGGGGAACGCUUGUCAAUUGGGUAUCCUUCGCACUGGUUAUGGACAUCUUGUUUAUCGUUGUAUCUUUUAACUUUUUGUUAAUUCUUCAGUGUUGUGACAUGAUAUUUUCGAUGCCGCAGCGGAAGCCUAUUCUCUCCGAUUCUGGUACUUUUCAUGUAAUCGAAGACAUAUAA